UGUUUGUGAGUAGUGCAGCAGGUGGCGCUGUUUGACAUCCGCCUCCAAACCGGAAGUGGAGCCGCGUCCUGCUGUGGAGGAACAUUUAAAAAAUGAGGACGUGGCUGUUCCUUUACUCAGCGCGCUGGCUCCUGACCAAUCACAGCAGUCUGGAGCGCGGCUGGACCAAUCACAGCCGUGUGCGCUGUAAGCAAAUAAGCGUGUCCUGUGGGUGCGAUGGCGUCUGUGGAGCUGAAGCAGCAGCUGGAGGAGCUUCUCAAGCGACUCGAUAUCGACACGGUCUGCGUCGACCAUCCCGAGGUGUUCACGGUGGAGCAGAUGAUGCCGCACCUGUCUCACCUGAGCGGCGCGCUCACUAAGAACCUGUUCCUGAAGGACAAGAAGAAGAAGCGCCUGUGGCUGCUGAGCGUGAGACACGACCGGGAGCUGAGUCUGAGCGACGUGUCCAGGCGUCUGGGGCUGGGAGCGGGGAACCUGCGUCUGGCGGACGAGGCGCUGAUGCUGCAGACGCUGCAGGUGGGUCAGGGCUGCGCCUCGGCUCUCGCGCUCUUCUGUGACACGCAGCACAGCGUCACGCCGGUGCUGGACCGCGACCUGACCCACGGCGGACACGAGCGGCUCUACUUCCACCCCAUGACCAACAGCGCCAGCCUGGGCCUCAGACCGGAGGACCUGCUGCGCUUCCUGACGGAGACCGGACACCAGCCCGUCAUCCUGAGCUUCGACUGAGUCUGACCAGAGAUCAGAGCUGCUUCCUAAAGCCUUGCUCUGACCACAUUACCUGCGUCCAGAUCACAGUCGUAACACACACAGCUGGGUAGAGCACUUACAAACUCCAGUCCGUUACUGAUUACACAUUACAGGACAAAAACUGCAGUCAGUACCGUAAUCCAUUACAUUACACACUCUCUUAGGAAAUACAAUCAGACUACUUUUACAUUACUUUUGACCCAUCUUCUUUUUCACAUUGGAUUAAAUAGAAUAAUUUGUACUAUAUUGAUAUAAUACAAAGAGUAAGAAAAUAUAUUUCAUUUGUUGCGUUAAACAUUACGUCAAGGUUUCCCAAACUGGGUUUGUGAAGAAACUGCAUGAAAAGCUAAUAAUUAAAUCAUAAAAAUGUUGUUAAAACAAAUAAUUUACCGAAAAAAAAUAAUUUAAGAUUUUAUUUGUUUAGCUGCAUGUCAUGUGACCAUUAACCAACGUCAGAGAACCAUGAACAUGCAAAUGUGAUGCUUCAUUAUUAACUUAUUGCCUUUAAAUCUCAGGUGUACUUCAGAUACACAUAUAUUCAGAGAAAGAGCAUCAGGUGACAAAAGUUGAAAAAGUGAAUUUGUGCACUUUAAUGUGUUUGAAAGACAAAAGCCUUCCAAAGUAAUGCAUGAUAAAAUAACCCACUGAGUGAUGAUUCACAUAAAAAUGAAUGUGUUCAUCAGUAGCUGAUGCAAUGCUGAAACGCUUCUUAAACCUGAAGUGAUUUUUGUAAAUGCAGAGAUCAAAUGCUGUGUAGCACCGGACUAAUGACUGAUCUCUGCGGGAAUGUCCACAAAAUGUUAGAAAGGAAAAUUUAAAAGAUGAAAAAGAGGAAUUGGAGAGAAUUGCUUUUGUGUCAAUAAUAUGUAAUCUAUAAAAAAGCAAAAAGUAGUCUGAUUACGAGUAUUUUAAAAUGUAAUUUAAUCAAAUUAGAAGUACUUAAUUUUUGAAAACUGAUGAUUACGUAAUCCAGAUCACAUGUGAUCAGUCACUACCCAGCUCUGUGUAACAAACAUGCUCUCGUUCUGAUUGUGUAACAGUGGAUGAGAAUAAGACAGCCGUCGUGAAGUUUAUCACAUUGAUUUAAUUUAUGAAAAGAGGAAUGAAGCGGUAUGUGGCGUUCACACAGGAGUAACGCUGUCCUUUGGCACACACUCACACUCUCACACACACACUCACACACUCACACACACACACACUCUCACACACACACACACACACACACACACUCACACACACUCACACACACACACACACACACACACACUCGGUCCUUCUGGUUUGGUGUUCCAGGGUUUUCUCGGGUGUCUUCUGCAGGUCAGAUGAGCAGCACACAUGCAGCGGUGAGCGUGAGGGAGUGAGACGAGCCCCAGCUUCUCUAAGACUCCUUCUGCUUCCUUGAUUCAAGGAAAAGGACGUAUUUUCUGAUUUCAUUGCUGAGGGUCCAUGAUUACAAAAGAGAGAGAAACGGCUUGUUUCUCAUGGCAGGAGAUUGUAGGAUUGUGCAGGUCUUCAGACGAUGAUUCUCUCUGAUGGAGAACAAGAGAUGGAAACAUGUUAGAGGAGAAACACAAGCGUGCUCAUCCUGAAGCUCGGCAAACGCCGCUGUCUGUCUCGUUCAUGUGUGAUGCUCAAUAAAAUUAAUCUGGUUUUUA